AUGGCUGUGAGAUCCCAUAAAGAAUUCGAUGACCACGGUCUCGAUUUUGUCUUGACGUACUUUGACAACCCUGAAGCGAGUAUACCGCGAUCUGUUUAUAACUGGAUGGUCAAUCAUGGAGGGCCGUAUUUUCUACGGCAGGUGCAUGCAGCAGCGCGUGAUGCAGAACGAUCAGGACGUGAGUUGACCUGGACGUCGGAUAGGAUAGCCAAAUGUCGGCACAAAGCGCUGAAGAAAAUUGACACUGCAUUGAUAAAAGAGGAAAGUGAAGAGGACGAGGCUGAUGAGUCGGAGCUUGUUGACGCAGUACAGCCGACAUCCAAAGCACAUAAGUUCACUUUUACUUCUGUGGAUACCAAGCUACCCGCUGAGACAUAUGUGAAUGCGUAG